GUAAUGACAGUAGUUUCAUCACUGCUGACAAAAGACAAAAUCGAUUUUCAUUUAUUUGAUCUUUCAAGAAUACACAAUAUUGAAAUUUUCCUAAAUUUGUAUUCAAUGUUUCUGUCAAUGUAAAUAUUCAUAAAGCAUACCUAAUUAAUGAAUUUUUCAAAACGAGUCAGUCUUUUCGUUUUGAAUACCAUGUCUAAGCGAAAAAUAAGUGAUUAUGCAGGAUUUAACAAAAUCUUGAGCGAAUCCAAAAAUAUAGUUGUCCUUACUGGAGCGGGAGUUUCAGCCGAAUCAGGUAUUCCAGUCUUCAGAGGAGCCGGAGGCUUCUGGAGAACCCACAGAUCUCAAAAUCUUGCCACUCCCCAGGCUUUUGCAGCAAAUCCAGCAUUAGUUUGGGAAUUUUAUCAUUACAGAAGAAACGUCGCAUUCAACGCUCAACCAAAUAAUGCCCAUAAGGCUUUGGCGGAGUAUGAGAAGAUAUGCAUGGAACAAGGACGACAAUUCACGAUAAUAACCCAAAACGUGGACGGAUUACAUGCUAGAGCGGGUUCAAAAAAUAUUAUAGAGUUACAUGGAGCAUUGCACAAAGUUAAAUGCACGAAAUGUAGAUGCAUUGACGAAAAUUAUGACAAUCCUAUUUGUGAAGCUCUAAGAGGAAGAGGUCUUCAAACACGGUUUGAUCGCAUCGUCUGUAUUUUUUUUUCAGAAGACCUUGUAGAAAGUUGUGAUAUGUGUCUGGUAAUUGGUACGUCAUCUGUCGUCUAUCCCGCCGCUAUGUUUGCCCCCAGAGUUGCCGAAAGAGGCAGACCCGUCGCCGAAUUCAAUCUCAACGAUGAACCAGCCGAUGACCUAUUUGCAUUUCAUUUCCCAGGAAAAUGUGGAGAAACCCUUCCCAAAGCCUUGGGUAUCACCUUGUAGUAACGUUGACAACGGAAAAAUAAAUGGGUGAUUGUCUAUCGGAUUACACCUCGACAUUAAUGAGGUUAAUAAAUUAAAAUAUAUAAUGGCCAUUUGAGUGGCAACGGUUAUAAAAUUUAUUGGUAGUGAACAUAACUUUAUAGGUUAUUCUUGUGAAGUUAUUUUUAGAGUAUAUGUUGGGCAACGAAUAAAUUAGGUGAAAAAUGUA